UUAAUUAAAGACAUCAAUUAACACCUGUGAUACUAUGGAAUUGCUGCUGUGAGGCCUUCAGGAGACGAUGGAGAAGAAAUGGACAUACUGUGCUGUCUAUUCCAUCAUCCAGAUACAUUUUGUCAGGGGGAUAUGGGGAGAAACAUCCAAUGCAGAAAAUAUUUAUGCUUCACCUGGUUCUAAUGUCAGCCUGAUUUGCCAAACCCAAAAGAAAGGCUUGGUGCAGAUGCAAUGGUCCAAGAUCACCAAUAAAGAAGAACUGAUUGCCGUUUAUCAUCCCCUGUAUGGCUAUUACUGUACCGAUGGGAGUCCCUGUGACUCACUGGUGGCUUUCACAGAAGCUCCUGGAAAUGUGUCAGAAUGGACUCUGUACUUAAGGAACAUGUCCUCCUCGCUCAGUGGGAACUACGAGUGUACCUUUACUAUGUAUCCAGAGGGCAUUCGAACGAAAAUCUACAACGUUCUCAUUCAGACAACUGUGACACCGCAUGAAUGGAGAAGUAACCAUACAAUAGAAAUAGAGAUAAAUCAGACUCUGGAAAUACCAUGCUUUCAAAAUAUCACCUCAGAAAUUUCGUCUGAGUUCAACUUUACAUGGUUGGUGGAGGACAAUAGAACUCAGGAAAUACUUAUCAGGAAAUACUCAGGAAAUACCCAACAUCAUCUCAUCAGCAAGUCCACAUCACUUAAAGACAGAGUCAAGCUGGGUACAAACUACAGUCUCCAGCUUUCUCCAGUCCAAGUCCAUGAUGAUGGCCUGACAUUCUCUUGCUGCGUUAAAGUCAAUACUAGCAAAAUCUUGAGGAGCUUCACUAAGGUCAAAGUUUUUGCUAAGCCAGAAAUGCCCAUGAUUGUGGAAAAUAACUCCAUGGAUGUCUUGGGACAGAGGACAUUUACCUGCUUACUGAAUAAUGUAUUUCCCACAGCAAAUCUCACAUGGUUUAUAGACGGAAGCUCUCCUCAAGGUGAAAAAGAAAUAAGCAUUACCAAUGAAAUGAGAAAAGACAAAGGUGGAUUUUUGGAACUGAAAUCUGUUUUGACAAGAGUGGAUGAUAAUCCACCAGCCCAAUCAAACAACCUGACCAUCUGGUGUGUGGCUCUGGCUCCAGUCCCUGGAAAUAAAGUAUCGAAUAUCUCAUCUGAAAAGAUAAUGUUUUCCUUGGGAUCAGUGAACACUCCAACUGAUCUACCACUCACCGUUACAGAAUUGACAUUCAGCACUCAAUCUUCUGCCAAAAGCAUAUCUCGUGCAAAAUAUCCAGCUACAUCUUCAAUAAGCUUUACAGACAUGAGUUCAUCAACUCCAGAAGCCACCCGUCAAACCAGCAAUUCCAGUGUGACUACCCAAGAUUUCAACUACUCCUGGACCUCCACUGGGAAAGAUGCCAAAAACUCUUCAUGGAUGCCCAGUGAAACAUACAGUUCACACUCCUCAAGUGCAGGCCUGACACUUCAUGGUGAUGUCCUCACCAGUACAACCAGAAAAUUUUCACAAGUUCCCACAAGUGCCAGUGUAUCUACUAUAAAAAAUAACAGCAACAACGCCAUGUCUGGUACAAAAGAUACAAAAACAGAUGGAAUGCCCUGGUCAGUGAUUGUAGCCGUGUUACUCUUUUUCUGCAUGUUACUGUUUGGUCUUGCAGUGAGGAAAUGCUAUCAAUAUCAAAAAGAAAUCAUGGAGAGACCCCCACCUUUCAAGCCACCUCCACCUCCCAUCAAGUACACUUGCUUUCAAGAGCCCAUUGGAAGUGAUCUGCCUUGUCACGGGAUGGAAGUCUAGUCCCCUGGGACUCUGCCACACAGCAAAACUCUGCUAUAAUCCUAGGGAGAAGAUAUAUAUUGUGCUUUGUGACUGGGCAAGCCUCUUUUGCAGCUGAAAUGGAUGUCUGAAGGAAAUGACUUGCUUUCCCAGCAACUCACCCUCUCAUCUGCAUGAAACUUGAAAGAGAAGCAAGAGUAAGAGGCUAUGUCAUGCUUGUACCCCAUGCAAUCUGUAGGGAUUUUCUUGUUUAUGUAAGAAGUGCAAAGCAGGCUGCUGUUGUUAAAAAAUG